UAACGAUGCGCGUAGGCAUGCAAGUGGUCAGUAUUACCGCGCAUGUCAUAUCGGACACACGUCUACACUUCCCCAAGUUAUUGUUUAUUUCACGUCAAAGCUCGCGGGGUCAAUGACACGCGUGUCAAAAUGCUAAGCUCAAUUAAAGUUCAUAAUUUUAAUUUAAUGAGUGAGACUUAUUCAGUGUUUCAAUAAAUUAUUAAUUCGUUUUUAUUAAUUUACGUAAAACAUAACUCAGAGACUUAUAAUUUGAAAAUAUAAUAAAAUUUUACGACUAUCAAUAUGCGAACUAAAAUUAUUAUAGUAUUAUUAUGCCUUACUCCGAUGAUUCUAUCAAAAGUUAGAAGAUACUCGCGGCUGCAAACAGAACCGUUAUCGAAGACUAGAUGUGAUUUGGUUUGCUACGAUGCAAGAAAAGAAGACAAGGUUCAGUGUCGUUCUACAUGUCGAUCACAAGAGAGGAAGCCGGGCACUUGUCCGAGCACAGACCACCCUCGGUGGGUAGCAGCCUGUAUAGAGGCUUGUAACAGUGAUGCGCAGUGUGACGGUACACAGCGGUGCUGUCGACAUGGCUGCAGCUCUGCGUGCAGCGAGCCAGUCGACCUUUUAACAAUAGCUGGACUCCCGGCUUUACCGACACUGGAAGAAAUAAAAGAGAGGCGUCGCUCAGUGAUCAUCCAAUGGUCAGACGGUGUCGGCGACGCAGCACGGACAGUGCCCGGCAGAGUCCUCUAUCUGCUUGAAGAGCAACAUCAUCUAGGACCCAAGUACGAGGAAGCUGGCCUUGGCGAAUGGAACCUUCUUAUGCGAACUAACAAGACGAAGGUAUCUCUUCGUAACCAUUUGAAACCUGGUCGAUGGUACCGGUUUAGAGUGGCAGCGGUCAGUGCAUCAGGGACUCGAGGGUUUUCCGAACCUAGCGCACCGUUCACUCCGCGAAAAGGGCCUAGACCUCCUCCCGCGCCAAAGAAACUUAAAGUGCAACGGAUCAAUUCCGAAAAUGGGAACGUGACGAUAAAAUUAGAAUGGAAGGAACCACGAUCCGAUCUGCCGAUUAUGCGUUACAAAGUUUUCUGGAGUAGAAGAGUACGCGGACUGGGUAGAGAACUGGAUUCGGUCCUAGUUAAUCAUCAGAGUGUGCCAAAGGAGCAGUCAUACGUAAUAAUAAAAGAUUUACAGCCUAAUUCAAUGUACUUUUUACAAGUACAAAGUAUAAGCCAGUACGGUCUUGGAAAGUUACGAAGUGAAAAGGCAGCCAUUUUCUAUAAUACAACAAAUAAAAACGAUGAAAGACCACCAGAACCACUUCGAAAAAACGAAAAAGAUAAGAAAAUAAGAAAUCUUAAAUUAAAUAAAAUUAUUUGGGUUGAUCAUAAGCUCAAAGCUAAAAUCUCUUGGGAAUCGAUUUUUAAAAACAAUGAUAAAAGUAAAAGAUUCUUCGUUCAUUGGAAAACAAUAAAAUGUCAAAAUCCCCAAAAACAGUUUAAAGAUUUGUUAGCAAUUACCGAGGAAACUUCGUUUGAUAUCUACGAGUUAGAUUAUAACUGCAGUUACCUAGUAAGCAUUAACAAGGCGAGAAAUGCUAAAACCGAUGACUCCAGCAUAGUUAUAACAGUCCCCGAUUGCGAAUAUUUUAAAAGAAAAGUAAACAGUACUGUCAUACGAUGUAAUCAGAAGUAAAAUUCCGCCUGUAUUUUACUAUUUAAUUACCUUAGAAUAAGUUUUUAACGA